ACCCUCCCCGCUCGUUAGCGCCCUAUCUCAACGCAAACACUCCCCUGAUACACCAAUUCCCCCAACACACGCUCAGUAGCGCACUUUACAAAAUAUGACACCCACCCAGCGCAUGUUAGUACUUGCCCGUGUUUCGCACACCGUCUGCGUCUACCAUCUUUCUCUUUCUCUUUCUCUUUCUCUUUCUCAGCGCCACCUUCCUUAUCCUACGCACCUUUUCUCCUCCCUCAUUCCUUUUAGGGCUAAGCCUUUUCCCUCUCUCUCCCAAACCUCUUCUCAUUAUUCUUCGCUCUUUCGGAAAAUUAGGGUUUCUUAGUUCUCAUUAGCGCAUGGAUCGCGCCACCAAACGCAACCACUCCUUCUACUCCACUCUCUUCAACCUCGAGCCUUUGAUGAACUUUCAACUUCCACACGAAGAUAAUGAUGAUUUUGAUUAUUAUGGGAGUAGUAGUCAUGACGACGAGAACAGAGAUAGUCAAGGUGGUAGGGCUAAUCACAAUAAUGGAAAUAUGUACGCAAGGGAGGGGAAUUUGUCGAGGAAGAGGGCAUGGUCUCAGAACAGUGAUACUGAUGAUGAGGAUAAGGGAAGAUAUUAUGGGACUUACAUGACAGAGGAGCGAUAUCGAUCAAUGCUUGGUGACCAUGUUCAGAAAUACAAAAGGAGGCGUAAGGAGGCCUUGUCUAAUCCUGCUCAUAAUCGGAUUGCUGUUCCUCUUGUCAAAAGUAACAAUGGCUUAAAAGUUCGCAAGCCAGUGAACGAUUACAAGGGAACAUCGCAUGCUGCAGAAAGUGCAUCUGAAUGGCUUCAUGAUUCGAAUAAUCAGAAACAAGGGAACCAGAGUCAUGCAGAUUUUAAGCAGCAAUAUGGCACUGAUAGGAUUAAGUAUGAACCUGCUUCUUUGGACAUUGAGGAUGGUAUCACUUACAAGAUUCCUCCAAUUUAUGAUACGUUGGCCUCGAUACUGAACCUUCCAAACUUCUCAGAUAUCCAUGUGGAGGAUUUUUACUUAAAGAGUACCUUGGAUUUGGGGUCCUUGGCUGCAAUGGUGGCUGCCGAUAAAAGGCUUGGGACUAGAAACCGAGCAGGCAUGGGGGAACCCCUAUCUCAAUAUGAAUCACUUCAAGCAAGAAUAAAGGCCAUGCCAGCUUCUAAUUCACAUCAUAAAUUCAGUCUGAAAGUGUCUGAUGUUGAUUUGAAUUCAUCCAUUCCAGAGGGUGCUGCUGGAAGCAUAAAGCGAUCUAUUUUAUCUGAGGGUGGUGUAUUGCAGGUUUAUUAUGUUAAGGUUUUGGAAAAGGGUGACACAUAUGAGAUAAUUGAACGAAGCCUACCAAAGAAGCAAAAGUUAAAGAAAGAUCCUGCUUUGAUAGAGAGGGAAGAAAUGGACCGAAUUGGAAAGAUUUGGAUAAACAUUGUAAAAAGAGACAUACCGAAGCAUCAUAGGAAUUUUACUUCUUUUCAUCGAAAGCAACUCGUUGAUGCCAAGAGGUUCACACAGUAUUGUCAAAGAGAGGUUAAAAUGAAAGUUAGUAGAUCACUUAAACUGAUUAAGGGUGCUAGUGGUCGUCCCCGGAAACUAGUUAGAGACAUGUUGCUGCUCUGGAAACAAGUAGAUAAGGAGAUGGCCGAAGUCAGGAAAAGAGAGGAGAAAGAAGCUGCUGACGCUUUGAGGCGUGAACAGGAGCUUCGAGAAGCUAAGAGGCAGCAGCAAAGGCUUAAUUUUCUCAUACAACAAACUGAGCUGUAUAGCCACUUUAUGCAGAACAAGUCAAGUGUACACUCAUCAGAUGCUUUACCCUUGGUAGAUGAAAAAACAAGUGGUGAUCAAGAUGCACUGUUUGACACUUCAGAUGCUGGGCAUAAUGAGGAGGAAGACGCAGAAGAGGCUGAAUUGAAGAAGGAAGCUUUGAAGGCUGCUCAAGAAGCAGUCUCUAAACAGAAAAGGUUGACUAAUGAUUUUGACAGUGAAUGCAUGAGGUUGCGCCAGGUGGGUGAAACUGAUUCACUUACAGAGCAAGUAGCAGGAGCAAGUAACAUUGAUUUGCAAACCCCAUCAACCAUGCCAAUGGUUUCCACAGUUCAGACACCGGAAUUAUUUAAAGGUUGUCUUAAAGAAUAUCAGCUGAAAGGUCUUCAGUGGCUAGUUAAUUGUUAUGAGCAGGGUUUAAAUGGUAUACUUGCUGAUGAGAUGGGGCUUGGAAAGACCAUCCAGGCUAUGGUAUUUUUAGCCCAUUUGGCUGAGGAAAAAAACAUAUGGGGGCCUUUCCUGGUUGUUGCACCUGCUUCUGUAUUAAACAAUUGGAAUGAGGAACUUGAGCGCUUUUGCCCUGAGCUUAAAAGACUUCCAUAUUGGGGAGGGCUUUCAGAGCGGACCGUGCUUAGGAAAAGUAUUAAUCCAAAGGACCUUUAUCGUAGGGAGGCUAAAUUCCACAUUCUCAUAACAAGCUAUCAGCUAUUAGUAACUGAUGAGAAGUAUUUUCGCCGUGUGAAAUGGCAGUACAUGGUUUUAGAUGAAGCCCAGGCAAUCAAAAGUUCAACCAGCAUAAGGUGGAAGACACUUCUCAGUUUUAAUUGUCGUAAUCGCCUACUGCUGACUGGUACACCUGUUCAGAAUAAUAUGGCUGAGUUGUGGGCUUUGUUGCACUUUAUCAUGCCAACUUUAUUUGACAGCCAUGAGCAGUUUAAUGAGUGGUUCUCGAAAGGAAUUGAGAAUCAUGCAGAACAUGGUGGUACUUUGAAUGAGCACCAGCUUAGUAGAUUGCAUUCAAUACUAAAACCUUUCAUGCUGCGACGUGUUAAAAAAGAUGUAAUUUCUGAGCUGACUAAGAAAACUGAGGUUAUGGUGCACUGCAAGUUGAGUUCUCGGCAGCAGGCUUUCUAUCAAGCUAUUAAGAACAAGAUAUCUCUAGCUGGGUUGUUUGAUAGUAAUCGUGGGCAGCUCAAUGACAAGAAAGUUAUGAAUUUAAUGAAUAUCGUUAUUCAACUAAGGAAGGUUUGCAACCAUCCAGAGUUGUUCGAAAGGAACGAGGGAAGCACAUACUUUUACUUUGGAGAAAUUCCAAAUUCCCUUCCACCUCCUCCAUUUGGGGAUUUGGAGGAUAUAUACUAUCCUGGUGGGCAUAACCCCAUAUCAUACAAGAUACCAAAGCUUGUCUAUCAAGAGAUUAUGCAAAGUUCUGAAACUUUCAGUUCAGCUGUUGGUUAUGGUGUCUGCAGAGAAUCUUUUCUGAAAUGUUUUAAUAUUUUUAGUCCUGAAAAUGUUCAUCGAUCUAUCUUCUCAGAAGAUAUUGUGAAAAGUGGAAACUUUGGUUUUACCCAUUUGAUGGGUUUAUCACCCCAAGAGGUGGGUUUUAUGGCCACUGGUUCUUUUAUGGAGCGAGUAUUAUUUUCUAUGAUGAGAUGGGAACAGAAGUUCCUUGAUGAAGCUUUAGACUUUCUUAUAGAGGCCACAGUAGGUGAUCCUGAAUGUAGUUACCUUGAGAAAGAUAAAGUGAGAGCUGUUUCACGAAUGUUAUUGUUGCCAACAAGAUAUGAGACCAAGUUUCUUCAGAAAAAGUUUGCAACUGGACCCACCAAUGCUCCUUUUGAGGCCUUGGUUGUCCCACACCAGGAUAGGAUUUUAUCAAAUGCAAGGCUUCUUCACUCCACAUACACGUAUAUUCCACCGACUAGAGCUCCCCCAAUUCGUGCUCACUGCUCAGACAGAAACUUCACCUAUAAAAUGAUCGAAGAAUUACAUGAUCCUUGGGUUAAGAGGUUGUUUGUGGGAUUUGCGCGAACAUCGGAAUGUAAUGGGCCUAGAAAGCCUAAUAAUCCUCCUCAUUUGAUUCAAGAGAUAGAUUCCGAAUUACCUAUUUCACGGCCUGCACUUCAGUUAAUGCACAGUAUUUUUGGAUCUUCACCACCUGUGCGGAAUUUUGAUCCAGCAAAGUUGCUCACUGACUCUAAGAAGCUUCAAACGCUUGAUAUAUUAUUGAAACGCUUGCGGGCAGAAAAUCAUCGUGUUCUCUUAUUUGCUCAGAUGACUAAGAUGCUGAAUAUUUUGGAGGACUAUAUGAACUAUAGAAAAUAUAAAUAUUUUAGACUUGAUGGGUCGUCCACUAUUCAGGAUCGCAGAGACAUGGUCAGAGACUUCCAGCACAGGAAUGAUAUUUUUGUGUUCUUACUAAGUACGCGAGCUGGUGGAUUGGGUAUCAACUUGACAGCUGCUGACACAGUCAUAUUUUACGAGAGUGAUUGGAAUCCAACAUUGGAUCUACAGGCAAUGGAUAGAGCUCAUCGUUUGGGUCAGACAAAAGAUGUUACUGUUUACCGUCUUAUAUGUAAAGAGACAGUUGAAGAGAAAAUUCUUCUUAGAGCAAGUCAGAAAAGUACUGUACAGAACCUUGUCAUGACUGGUGGUUCUGUUGGUGGUGACAUUUUAGCUCCUGAAGAUGUUGUAUCUUUGCUUCUGGAUGAUGUUCAAUUGCAACAGAAAUUAAAUGAAGUCCCUCUUCAGGUAAAGGGUAAGAAAAAGAAAAAACCUACUAAGGCUAUACGGAUAAAUGAGGAAGGUGAUGCAUCUCUGGAAGAUCUAACAAACUGUCUAGGCCAGGGAACUGCAGAUCAUGAUAUUUCCAUGGAUCAGGAGGGACCAAAGUCCAGUAAUAAAAAGACAAAAACAGCUUCUGACAAGCAAAAACCGAGGCCAAAGAAUUCUCAGAAGAAGAUGAAAGGGAGUACGUAAUAGAUAACGAACAGGAUGAUGACCAUCGAAAUACUGAUCUAGUGUGGACAGAGAAGAAUGUGAAUGAAAGGUUUGAAAGUCCACAUUCCAGAGCGGACCCAUCCAUUUUCCACCUCCACGUGAUUUCAGUUCAGGUGGUUCUGAAGCAGAAACAGCUCAAUACGCCUCAAGACGUGGUGACUUCUCACAAUAGAAUAAUUUACUGAAUACUGGGCCGUCAGUAUUCUAACAAACUUGUAAAUUUUCAUUUUUUGAGAGAUCGCUAGGUUGGGUCUUAUUGAUAAUCAGCUUAUAGUUUUUUUCCUUUGUCAUUUUGGAUUCAUUAUGGCUGAAAAUCAUAGGGCAAAGUAAGGCAAGAUAGGUAUAGGUGAACCGGCGCAAGCCUAGGUUGUAUAUAUAUAUUGAUGGUGCUAAGUAUAUGUUGGUUAUAUGUUCAUCCCUCUUCAUUAUACGGGGCUUUUGUAUAUAGAUUGGGUUAUCUUCGAUGGUGCGACUUGUUUUCUUUCUAUAACCAAUAUUUAUAGUAAUUGAUGA